AUCAUAGCGAGACGCUUCAUCGAGACGUUUUAAUCAGUCUUUCUGUGAUGAAAAACGAAGCCUGAAGUCAGUUCCAACAGCGGGAACGCAGAGCAUGCAGAGGCCAUCUUAGAAGGAACGAACAAAGGGGACGAGAGAGAAGUCCAGUGACACAACAUCUUCACGACCGUACCGGCAUCGUACCAUCUUGCCAUGUCGGACUCCGAGAAACAACCGGAGGAAAAGCCGGCGGAAGAAGUACAAGUUGAAAAGAAAAUAAUAGCCAAGAAAGUAACUGGCACUGUUAAAUGGUUUAACGUGAAGAGCGGAUACGGUUUCAUCAACCGAGAUGACACCAAAGAAGAUGUUUUUGUACAUCAGACUGCUAUAGUCAAAAAUAAUCCCCGCAAGUACCUGAGGAGCGUCGGUGAUGGGGAAAAGGUUGAAUUUGACGUAGUGGAGGGGGAAAAGGGAAAUGAGGCCAGCAACGUCACUGGACCAGACGGAUCCAAUGUACAGGGCAGCAAAUAUGCUGCUGACAGGCGCCGCUUCCGCCGGGGUGGCUGGUAUCCCCGGGGCUACAGGCGAGGCUGGAACCGCAGGCAGCAGCAAGGCAGCCGGGGUGAAGAGGAGGGUGAGGAGGAAGGAGAGGGGGAAGAAGUAGGGGACAAAAAGGAACCUCAGGGUCAGGAGAGAGGCCGUCGCCGCCCAUUCUGGCCCCGUCGCCGCUACUACAGUGGACCACCCCGUCGCUAUGUACCUGACAAUGGCAUGCAAGCAGACUAUUACAUGCAGGGCCAAGUAGGUCAGGGUCCACCUCCCUUCCGACGUCGCCGCCCCUUCUACCGCAGCUAUUAUCAACCCCCUCGUCGCUACUAUGAAGACUAUUCUUACCCACCAUAUCAGCGUGGUGGCGGACCACCGAGAGGUCCACCUAGACGUAGGCGAGGAGGUGCAAGUGGGCGUGGAGGUGCCCGAAAUAAGAAAAAUGCGGGAGAUGCAGACAAGGAAAACAAGGAUAACCAAGAAGAGACCCGGCAGGAGGAGGGUAAGGGCAGUGGAGAUGCCCCAAAAGCUGAGCCAGCCAGCGCCAACGCUGCCGAGUGAGACCCAAGCUGCCGCCACCAACGCCGCCAAUAAUCCUCCGACGCUGGUGUACAUCUGAUGCUGAAUUAGCAUUACAACACCUUUCUGCCUACCAUCAUAGUGCACCUACACACUGACCACAACAACACUACUACAGACUCCACCAUCUUAACUGCAUACAUGAACAAACUAUUUUCUCAAUUGUUUUACCAGUUUUUGGUAGGAAUUGUUGGGUGCAUCAAGAAAUAGUGUUUCCUUCGACACUGAGGGAACGGUCAAUAGGACAGAAGCUAUGCAAUUUCGGUACUGUAAAAAAAAAUUUAAUAAGUCAAGUACAGGAAAACUAACCAAAAAAAACAAUUUCUCGGUUUUGCAUCAGGUGCAGUCACUACUUUUUUCCAAAAGUUUUUGUUUUUUAAGCGACAGUUAAAACAGACGACUUCCUAGUUUGUUUGAGAGAUUGCGUGGUGUUUUUCCCAGUUCCUUACUGCAACAUCUGUAAUAAAAACAGCAUCAGCAGAGACUGGGUUCUGUAGAGACUAAUGUUGCCAUCUUUUGUUGUAGCUUUCAAUGGAAACGAUCUUGACGCAACUGACUUUGCAUGAGGAAAUAAAGCAGCAGCAAUGCGAGA